UUGCAUGCUGACAGCAGAGAGAGAAAGACAAGCUUUCAGCUCACUAUACAUGGCUGUGACUGGAGAUGAGACAGAAUCAGCCACCACUGGAGGUAUGUCUGCGUAUCAGAUUUCCUCUCCUGCAUCUGGCCUUUCCCAGGCAAUGGACGGCUCACCCGGCUCUCUGCCAAGCCCUCAGCAGCUGACUGAGGAAGCAUCACAUAAGAGGGAACUCCGACUGAUGAAAAACAGGGAAGCCGCCCGGGAAUGUCGGCGGAAGAAGAAAGAAUAUGUCAAAUGUCUCGAGAACCGAGUCGCCGUGCUUGAAAAACAAAACAAGACGCUUAUUGAAGAACUCAAGGCUCUUAAAGACCUAUACUGUCACAAAACCGAAUAACAACAGUCCAUUGCAAACCAAAACACGAAAGACUAUACCCUUUACAGAGCAAACGUGCUUUUCACGUAAUGUCUAGCCACCGCUCGUAACAAUAAUAAUCGGAUAAGGUGAUAGCUGCAUGGUUGUGUUAUGUGACGUGUGCAUGUGUGUACGCUGGAGACCCGAGUGCUCCAGAGCCAGUCAAUGUGGUGUGUUGCCCUUGUUGCUUGUGCUUUUGCAGGACGGCGGCCAAAGAGUACAGACGCAGGAAGAAGGACUAUGUGCGUAGCUUAGAGAUGCGCAUCGCCAUCAUUGAAAACCAGAAGCAGAAAAUGACAGAAGAGCUGGACAGUCUAAAGCAAAUAUACGCUGGAAAGUCCAAUUCAAUUUAGUGGCACACUAGACUGCUGCUAUCUGUUUUGAUUCUGUUUUACUGUAAAAUAUUGUUGUGCCAUAUGUGUGUUUUAUAUCUUCUGUGAAAAUUGAACAGUAGACCAGCACUGCCUAUUCUCAUUAGGCGUUUUUUUAAAGAUUUUAUAUUGACAAUUGGAUUAUAUAUUUCAAAUAUUUACUGUAUCUACUUUAAGAGAAAUAUUUAAUUUAAUAUCAAAGGACCGCUUAUAUGAGUCAUUCACAAACACACCAGCUCCACAACUGAUAUGAAUAUAGCUACUGUAUAUACUUACUGUAAUAAAUAUAGGAUAAACCGAUAUGUGUUAUAUAGAUGAAGUGUUUUUGUGUUUAUAGCAUAUUAAUCCAAAGUUCAGUUAAAAAAAUGUAACUAAAUAUACCAAAUAUUAUAACAAAAAUGAAAUAUUGUUCGUAACAAAUAUAUUCUUGAAUCCUUCCUGGUGUUUUUUUCAAGUGGUACAGCCCUUCAGAGUUUCCAUUGAGACUAUCAGCACAGUUUUAUGUUUAUCUUUAGCUUUUGUUUAAAUAAAUGUAUCUAGC